CAGUAAUCGGUGUCCUCAAAAGCAGCACCGACUCUGGCGCCACCUGCAGGAUCGCCACGACCUGCGCCUUCCGCUCCAGCAGGGGGCGACAGUGCAAUAUGUAUUAUGCCGUGCACGCAAAGACUGACAGCUCUCUUUCUCUUAUUGACUUUGUUUACGUUGGAAGCUAGCUGGCUAACUUAGCUAGCCAAACAGCUUUCCUUCAACAACAAAAAAAUGUCUAAAAUAGAGUUCUUGAGAGUGUUUCUCAACCAGAAAUUGAUAGCGGCAGCUGAGGAGAUAUUUGGUGUCGUUGAAGAAACGAUAGCAGAGUACCAGGAAGAGGUUUCUCGCACAAAGGAGGAGAACAGGCAUCUACGGAGCAUGCUGGAUGUCCGGACUAAGACAGAUAUCAAGUUACAUAGUCAAGCAGGCCUCCAGCAGCUCACUGUCACCGUGUCUGAUGAGGUGGUUUCCCCUGAGCAGCAGGAGUGGAGCCCCAGUCUGGGGCAGAAGGACCCAGAACCCACACAGAUGAAAGAUGAACAGGAGGAACCAAGGACCAGUCAGGAGGAUGAGAAUCAUGUCAAUGAGUUUAUCAAUUGUUACGGCUGUGUAUCAAGUGGCUAUUAUCAAGACCCAACUCAGUCCUCACAUGGAGAGAGAUACUCUCUACCCAGCACCUCAACUGAACAGAUCAAAACAGAACCUUAUGUAGAAGACUAUGGCGUAUCAGAACCAACCAGAGAGUCUCAGCCCUUCUCUGCAGUAGAUACAGAGUGUUCUGCAGCUCAGAGUGAAAACAGAGGACAUAUUGACAGGAUGGAGAGUGGAGGACCUCUGUCAGGUCUAACGUUAAAGCCACUCAAAUCAAAGAGAACAAAGACGGUAGAAGGACAAAGUUCUCACAUCAGUGUUAAGGACAGGAAAUUGAACCAUCUAAAAUCACACUCGAGACCCAGUGUAAGCUGGGAUGCUGCUCCUAGUUGUAAGGUAUGUGGAAAGCAAUUUGACUCCAUGGUUUCUUUAUUAAAUCAUGUGCAAACGCACACACAGAAUAAAGAACAUCUUUGUGGUGUGUGUGGAAAAUUCUGUCAGUCCACAGAAAGAAUGAUAGAUCACCUACAAACUCACAUUGGAGCAAAGUGUUGUCAUGUUUGUGGUAAAUAUUUUGCUUGGGAUACUUUCCUGAAAAGGCAUUUGAGGAGUCAUACAGGGGAGAAGCCGUUUCGCUGUCAUGAUUGUGGCAAAGGAUUUACUCAGCGCGGACACCUAAACUUACAUAUGAGAAGCCACACAGGGGAGAAACCACAUCAAUGCCAGGAUUGUGGCAAAGGAUUCAGUCAGAGUGGAAACCUGGCAGUGCAUAUGAAGAGCCACUCUGGGGAGAAACCACAUCACUGCCCUGUUUGUGGCAAAUGUUUCAUAAGAAACCCUGAUCUGACAGUGCACAUGAGGACUCAUACAGGGGUGAAACCAUAUAAGUGCCAGUUUUGUGGCCAAGGAUUCAAGCAGAAUUAUAACCUGAAACUGCACAUGAAGAUCCACAUGGAAAAAAACAUAUCAUUGCCAUCUUUGUGACAUGUAUUUCAUCACUAGCACCCAGUCAACCUGGCAUGAGAUUUCACAUGGUAGAGAAAGGCAUCACUGCCAUGACUGACAGAGGCUUUGCAUAGACUGGAAGUUUGGCAAGGCAUAAUGACAAUGCACAAAAUACUUUAGUGUAGAAAAUACUGACAGUAGACCUUGUUUGUGAUACAUGUUUCACUCAGCAGCUUUAUUGAGGAACGUUUUUACUCGCAGUGACUGUUCAUAUGUGGUAGUUUUACCUGUUUUGAAUGUACAGUCGUGGUCAAAAGUUUUGAGAAUGACACAUGUAUUGGUCUUCACAAAGUUUGCUGC